CUGACGUGAAGUGUUUAUUAAGUGGAGGAAUCCGAAUGCAGUUGAUGUCUGGCUUUCCUCACGUAAUCAUGACAACCAACAUCAUCGCCCUUAUUGUGGCUAUUGGAUUACCCGUUCUGCUGGCCAUAAAUGGCUGUUGGGUGCUUUUGUUUAUUACCGCAAUCGUCUGGCUUUGGCAGAAACGCCACUUCAACUUCUGGCGGCGAUUGGGAGUCCCAUCUAUACCACCGACGCCCUUUGUGGGUAAUGUGUGGAAUUUAUUGCGGGGAGGAUGCUGUUUUGGGGACCAGUUUAAGGAGAUGUACCAAAGCAGGGCUGCUGCCGGACAUCCCUACGUGGGGAUUCAUGUUCUGCACAACCAUGCUCUGCUUUUGAGGGAUCCAGCCCUCAUAAAGCGAAUUAUGGUGGAGGACUUCUCCAAGUUCUCCAGUCGGUUCGAGACAACCGAUCCCAUUCACGACACGAUGGGUUCACAGAAUCUGUUCUUCUGCAAAUACGACACUUGGCGGGAGAUCCACAAAAUAUUUGCGCCAUUCUUUGCGGUCGGAAAGGUCCGGCAGAUGUAUGGACUGCUGGAACGCGUUGGCCAGCAAUUGGAGGACCAUAUGGCUGUCGAGCUAGGCGGGAAGCAGUCCAUGGAACUGGAAGUCAAGCAGUUGUGUGCCCUCUUCACAACGGAUAUCAUCGCUUCCCUGGCGUUUGGAAUAGAAGCCCACAGCUUGCAAAAUCCCCAGGCCGAGUUCCGGCAGAUGUGCAUCGAAGUCAAUGAUCCCCGGCCAAAAAGGUUAAUCCACCUGUUCACGAUGUUCUUCUUUCCGCGACUAUCCGGUAGAAUUCGAACACAUCUGUACUCGGAUGAGUAUGAGAGGUUUAUGCGCCAGUCCAUGGACUUUAUUCUGGCCGAACGCGAAGCCAGUGGGAUAAAGCGUCACGAUCUGAUAGAUAUAUUCCUGCAAUUGAAGAGCAGCGAGUCAGCAGACAGCAUUAUCCAUCGUCCGGAUUUCUUUGUGGCCCAGGCAGCCUUUCUGCUCCUCGCCGGCUUCGAUACUUCCUCCUCCACCAUUACCUUUGCCCUGUACGAGCUGGCCAAGCAGCCAUCGAUUCAAGCUCGGCUGAGGGAGGAGCUCCGAGAGGUCCUGCACUCCGGCCAAGAUAGGCAACUAAGCUGCGACAUCAUCAAUGGAAUGACAUAUCUGCGCCAGGUGGUGGAUGAAGUACUGCGUAUGUAUCCGCCCACCGCAUUUUUGGAUCGGUGUUGCAAUGCCCCAGAGGGCUACGACCUCUCUGAAUGGAAAUGUGGUACCCCUUUCAAAUUACGUUCCGGCACACCAGUAUAUAUAUCAGUUCUGGGACUUCAUCAUGAUCCCCAGUUCUGGCCCAGUCCGGAGAUUUUCGAUCCUGAACGGUUCGCUCCUGGACAACGACAGCAACAUCAUCCCAUGACAUAUCUACCCUUUGGAGCCGGCCCAAGGGGCUGCAUUGGGACAUUGUUGGGCCAGCUGGAGAUCAAAGUGGGUCUACUCCACAUUCUGAAGAACUUUACUGUCGAACUCUGUGAUAGAACUUUGCCGGAAAUGCAGUUCGACCCAAAAGCCUUUGUCCUUACAGCAAAAGGCGGAACCUUCCUGCGUUUUGUUGAGAAUCGUCUUUGAAGUGGAUAUAAUUUUUUGC